CUGAAAUAAGAAUAACAAAAAGAACAGUAGACAGCGCAGGAAGCUUGAGAGCUCGAAGAGAAGCGGUUCUGCAAUGGCGGCUAAGAAAGAAAUGAAGAAGAGGAAGCAAAUUUCAGAUGCUAAGACAAGCACUGGUAGUUCAUCUUCUAAAAAACCGAAGCUCAGCUCAUCAAAUCCAGGAACCGAGAAAUUAAAGAAACCGAUGACUAAACCCUCAAAAAAACCAUACGAUACCAAAUCGAAACCUGCAAAUCAAACGGUUGCUCCUGAGUCUAAGCGAGAGAGUCGAAUUCGUGCUAAGGAAUUGGCAGAAGCUAGGAAAAAGAAAAGGAAGCGGCAUUACCAGCUGGAGCAAGAGCUUGCGUCUCUCUGGGAGAAGAUGAGGCAGCGUAAUAUUGCCAAAGAAGAUAGAUCAAAGUAUAUAAGUGAAGCUUUACAGAAGAUGAAGGGGAAGAUUCCAGAAAUUGCUAGUUCUCAUGUUUCAUCUCGUGUUUUACAGACAUGUGUAAAAUAUUGUUCACAGACAGAAAGGGAUGCUGUGUUUCAGGAGCUUAAGCCACAUUUUCUUAAUUUUGCAUGCAACACUUAUGCUGUUCAUCUGAUUAAGAAAAUGAUCGACAGUGCUUCUGUAAAACAGCGUUCAGAGUUCAUAUCCAACCUCAGAGGACAUGUUGCUUCCCUUCUUCGACACAUGGUUGGAUCUGUUGUUAUCGAGCAUGCAUACCAGCUUGGAAGUGCAGCUCAAAAACAAGAGCUUUUGUUGGAGCUAUAUUCUACUGAGCUUCAGUUGUUCAAGGAUCUUGCAUCAAUAAAAGAGAACAGAUUGCUUGAUGUGAUUUCGAAAUUAAAGCUGCCUAAAGCUUCAGUCUCGCGACACAUGACUUCUGUGAUUCAACCAAUUCUUGAGAAAGGGAUUGUUGACCACACUAUCAUACACAAGUUGCUAGUAGAGUAUUUAAGCAUUGCUGAUAAGUCCUCUGCAGCAGAAGUAAUUCAGCAGUUGUCAGGUCCGCUUCUUGUUCGAAUGAUCCAUACAAGGGAUGGAUCAAGGAUUGGAAUGCUGUGUGUUAAAUAUGGGAAUGCUAAGGAAAGGAAAAAGAUUAUCAAAGGAAUGAAAGGCCACAUAGGCAAGAUAGCUCAUGAUCAGUAUGGUAGCGUGGUACUUGCCUGCAUUGUUUCAACUGUUGAUGACACAAAACUUCUAACGAAGAUUGUCAUUGGUGAGCUUCAAACAAAUUUAAAGGAUCUUAUUUUGGAUAAGAACGGAAGGCGCCCUUUACUUCAGCUCCUUCAUCCCAAUUGCUCACGCUAUUUCAGUCCUGAUGAUAUGGCUGGUUUCAGUUUAUCUAUUCCUUCUCUCAAUUCCAAGAAUGAGUUGGAAGUGAAGUCUGACACCGAGUCUUCAAAGGAGGAAGCAUGUAAAGAUGAGGAGGAUACUGUUGCCGACAUUACAAUGGCCGGGGUCAAUGAAAGUGCAAGUUCUGAGAAUGUGGACUUCAUUGAGGGUGGGAAAAAAGAUCCUUCUAUAAGAAGGCAAGAGUUGUUGGUUAGCAGUGGCCUUGCUGAGAAUCUUAUUGACAUAUGCACAGAGAAUGCAGGAGAGUUACUCAGAUCAAAUUUUGGCAAAGAAGUCUUGUAUGAGGUCGCAACUGGGGGUGCUGGUGGCAUCCUCCAAGUACUGGAUGAAAAGUUAAACACCUUGCAUGAAGCCAUUGCCGCUCUUGUGGCAGAGCCUAAAUCUGAUGACUCAGAAACAGAUCAUGUCCUUGAAAAUUUCCAUUCCAGUCGAACUAUUAGAAAAUUAAUCAUAGACAGCUCAACCUUUGCUACUACUUUAUGGAAGAAAGCGUUGAAAGGAAAAUGCGAGCUGUGGGCUCAAGGUCACAGUUCAAAGGUAAUAGGUGCAUUCUUGGAAUCUUCUGAUGCUAAUAUCUUGAAACUAGUCAAUAAAGAGCUGCAGCCGUUGGUACAUAACGGCAUUAUCAAAAUUUCUGAAAAGAAGUAACCAUGAUCCGAAGGCUAAAAGCAACUGAUGGGAAUUUGUUAAAAUACAGAAUUAAGGGGAGAAGUUGUUAUAGCUGAACCUGAACUAUGGUUUGAAGCAAACGAGAUAUAUGGUGUUAAGUUGGAUGGCUCUAUUUAUAAUUCAGGAUGAGACCAUCUGAAGUCUUGAUACAUUUUUGUACAACAAAAUUUCUUACAAUAGUUUUUUUUGUCAGUAAAUCCUUGACUGUAUGCAAUUUAAGUACAGUUUUAUGGUUCUUCUAAAAAAAUGGUGUUCUAAUGA